UUCAGUUCAGUGCUUCUCUUUCUACCGCCGACGUAAGGCGGGAAAACUGGAUUCAGCGCAGGGGGAAAUCCUCUCCCUGUGUUCAUUUGAAGCUAUAACGAGGGGAUCGCGGUCGGCCUUCCGACGGGAUUUAAGGCAGAACGGAGGAGAAACGGAUUGGAUUUAGUAUCCUGUAGGAUUUGAAGUUAAUUUUUUGUUGUUUGGCAGUAUUUAGGUUAACUCCGGCUACCUAAGUGUCCCAUAGAUCCAGUCAUCUAACCUGCCUCCUUAGGGCUAAGAACUUUCUCACUAUGGGAAUAAAGGGUUUAACGAAGCUUUUAUCGGACAAUGCUCCCAAGGCCAUGAAGGAGCAGAAGUUCGAGAGCUAUUUUGGUCGGAAGCUUGCCAUUGACGCUAGUAUGAGUAUCUACCAAUUCCUUAUUGUGGUGGGAAGGGCAGGGACUGAGAUGCUGACUAAUGAAGCGGGCGAAGUCACCAGCCAUUUGCAAGGAAUGUUCAAUCGUACAAUAAGAUUGCUUGAAGCAGGAAUCAAGCCAGUGUACGUGUUUGAUGGUCAGCCACCUGAUUUAAAGAAGCAGGAGCUUGCCAAAAGAUACUUAAGGAGGGAUGAUGCCACUAAGGAUUUAGCUACUGCCGUAGAGGAGGGCAAUAAAGAAGAAAUUGAAAAGUUUAGCAAGAGAACUGUCAAGGUAACAAAGCAACAUAACGAGGAUUGCAAACAACUCCUAAGACUGAUGGGUGUUCCUAUAAUUGAGGCACCAUGCGAAGCAGAGGCUCAAUGCGCUGCUCUUUGCAAAAGUGAUAAGGUUUAUGCUGUGGCUUCUGAAGACAUGGAUUCACUGACUUUUGGAGCCCCAAGGUUUCUUCGUCAUUUGAUGGAUCCAAGCUCUAAAAAGAUCCCGGUUAUGGAAUUUGAAGUUGAAAAGGUUCUACUAGAGCUAGGUUUCACCAUGGAUCAAUUUAUUGACUUAUGCAUUCUCUGUGGAUGUGACUAUUGUGACAGUAUUAAAGGUAUCGGUGGGCAGACUGCAUUGAAACUUAUUCGUCAGCAUGGAUCUAUUGAAAAUGUGUUGGAGAACUUGAGCAAAGACAGGUAUCAUAUACCUGAGGAUUGGCCGUAUCAAGAAGCUCGUCAGCUCUUUAAAGAACCUGUAGUGAUCUCGGAAAUACCAGAACUGAAAUGGACUGCUCCAGAUGAAGAUGGACUCGUAGCUUUCUUGGUGAACGAAAAUGGUUUCAAUCAUGACCGUGUUAGCAAGGCUAUAGAAAAGAUUAAAGCAGCGAAGGAUAAAGGCAGCCAAGGGAGGUUGGAGUCAUUUUUUAGGCCCGUGAUAAAGCCAUCUGAACCUCUUAAACGGAAGCCAAGGCAACCAAAGCGCCACCAAGCAAGAAAUCCAAAACUGGAGGCAAGAAGAAAUAGGAGUACAAACCGCAAUGCCUGUUUUUGGCCGAACAACUGCCACUGCGGAUCUUUUCAAGCCAUCUUAGUUUGAGUUCUUUACUGCUUUCCCCCAUUAUGUAUGACUUGAUAAUCUUUGUCGUUUUAAUAUGAAGCUAAAAUUUUGUUAUCUUU